UCUUAAAUUUGCACUGUGCCCGCAGACUCGGAGCUGGUCAAUCGCACGCAAUGAGCAAAAGACAGCGAGCAGCCCCCACCGACAGGCCCUCGUACCCUCGAAAACGCGCGGUCCAGGCCUGCCACACGUGUCGCCGGAAGAGAAUCAAGUGCGACAACGAACACCCCGCGUGCGGAUCUUGUGUCCAGCUGGGCAUGGAAUGCAUCUACAGGGAGAAUGACAAGUCCACCUUCGACCCAGCCAGCAUCGCCAUCCUCCAUCGUCUGGAUACCCUGGAGUCGCUUGUGAGGACAGUCAUCCCCGUCGGUGUACCGGCGCAACCCAGCCCGGUCGCGACCCUGAACAACCUCUGUUCGCCGGCCCUGGAGCGGACCCAGUCCAGUGCUGCCUACCAUCUCAACAUCGAGUCCAUUCUGGCAUGGCCGGUGUUCCAACAUCGGGUCCUUGAACCAAGGCCGCCGUUGGGUGCGCUUCUCCAGUCCAGAGAUUCUGCAACCGAGCCGCCUUUGCGCGGGCUGGAUUUUGAAACCAGCAGUGCGCGGCAGCUGUUCCACAAUUUCCUCACGCACGUCCACACCUACAAUCCGGUCUCUGAGGCCGAGGAGAUCGAAAAGUACAUCCGCGACGCUUUGUUUGACGGGUUUGGCUGGGAUGCUAAAUCGUGUUUACUCCUGUUGAUCUUUGCGCUGGGAGCCAUUUCCAGUCCGGGUUUUGAUUCCGCUUCGGCCACCUCCUCGGCCUUCCUACAAUCAGAGGAAUAUGCAGACGCAGAGCGAUACUUUCACGCGGCUCAGAAGAGGCUCGGGGGGUUGCUUUGCAAGGAUGGUUUGAUAGAGACGCAGGUCUUCUUCUAUGCAGGGGUGUACCUGAUGACGACGCUGCGGCCGUUGGAGGCGUGGAGGAUGUUUGUCCAAGCAUUGGCCUGCUGCGAGACGUUCAACAGUAGUCAUUGUCUGGCCGCAGGCCACACCGACUCGGGGGCUACUCGUCAACGGAGUAUCUACUGGACGUGCUUCAAGUCCGAACUGGAGCUUCGCCUGGAAUUGAAUGUGGGCAGAAGUCACGGUCUGGACUUGACCUACCCUGCAUUAUUCCCAUCACCACCAACAGGCCUCAAACCCGAAGAAGAAGCCGUAUGGUACUUUUACCUUGCAGAGAUCGCUCUGCGACGGUUGGGUAACCGCAUUCUCAACCAUCUCUAUGAAGAGACCACCCGUGACAACGAGGUGCAGGUCGAGGCUACCCUGAAUUUCGAGGACCAGGCAAAUGGCCUGCUCACCUCUCUCCCCGCCCUACUCGACCUCAACGCCCCUUCCAACCAGGCCCCGAACGAUGCUUCUGACCAACAUGCCGCGCUGCGAUUCAUCCUCAAUGGCCAUCUGAUCGACUGCUACGAGAUGAUGUACUGGCCGUUUGUGGUCGACGCCAUCCAUGAGAACCACCCCACAGAAGAGUUCCAUGGAUUGUUUGCCGGGUUUGCCCGCAAAGGGUUCGACGUGUGUAUCCGUCGGAUCGCGCAGAAUGAGCGAGGCUUCUUCCAUCGCCACCACGGCACAUGGCUCAUGCUGAGGUCCUGUACGAGGAGCGCCCUUGUCCUGAUCGCGGGUGCCAUGCAGGGUCUGGCGGCACUGCUCCCUGCAGAUUGGGAAAGGGCUGUCGAGAAAGUACUGGUUUUACUGAGAUACUGGAAAGACGAGGCCGAGGAUGUUGCCGACCGAUUGGAGCUGUUGGAGGGUCUGAUGGAUGCUCUCGCCGCCGAGACACAACCCGGUCAAGGGGACUAAAUGGAAUUUGCUUCUCGGAUAUAUACAUGUAGCAGCUGAAAUCAUUUCCUCGCAAGGACAAGUCGCACUUCCUCAAGACGCUCCAUCCUCACGAUGUGCCCAUCUGGUAACGACACGGCGAUCGACCCCCCUUCUGUAAAUUCCAACGACAGCGAUAGCUGGACAGCAUCCCCCUCGGGCUUCCAGUGGACAUGUGCAAUCCCCAAAAAAUCAUCCCUGAGGAUUGGAACCUUGGCGCGGAACUCGUUGAACAGAGC